GGCCCCACCCGGCCCGGGGCCCCGCUGGCCGCUGACCGGCCCUGCGGUUCUCAGUCUGCGCUGAUCAGCUGAUGCGCCGCAGCCGCCAGUAUUUAAACGCGGCUGCGCGGCGGUUCGGUCCAGACCCAGCAUGCCUCCGCUCGAUCGAACCGCGCAGCAGAACAAAACCUUCAAACAGCGCAAGAGCUUCGCUACCAGGAAGAUGGAGGUGGCGGGGAUCCGGUCCAAAUUCCCCAACAAGAUCCCGGUGAUCAUCGAGCGAUACGAGAAGGAGAAAAACCUUCCGCCUCUGGACAAAACCAAGUUCCUGGUUCCGCACGAACUCACCAUGACCCAGUUCAUCACCAUCAUCAGGAACCGGAUGGCGCUGCUGCCCAGCCAGGCCUUCUACCUGCUGGUCAGCAGCAGCAGCCUGGCCAGCAUGUCGCUCACCAUGGCCCAGCUGUACCAGGACCACCAGGACGACGACGGCUUCCUCUACAUGACCUACGCCUCCCAGGAGAUGUUCGGACUUUGACUGGACCGCAGCUCUGCCGGGCUGAGCCUGCUGUAAAUAGAAAAUAUUUUUAUAGAUGUUGACUGUAAGAUGGUGUUUUAAUGAUCCAAUAAAUGUUGACUGUGAAAAGG